AUGUCGACCACGCCCGAACAGAACCGGCGACGGGAUGGCGUCUACUUCCAGACCGUGUUUCGGUACAGCUCCAAGGUGUACGACUUCUUCGGCAUCUCGCCGUCGUCAACCCCGAGCAGCCUGAGCCGCCUACUCACUCGCGAGAGCGGCCGCGGCGAAGCCACCGUUCCCGGGCCAGCCGGCACCGCUAGCAUCGACACGACCAGCAACAGGGUCCGCAUCAGCCGGCGCCAUAUAGACAGCUCCACUGCCAGCGAGCCCGUAGCUGCGUCUGAACUGCCAACCGUCCUUCCAGUCCAAAACGGCCAUGUCAUUAUUCCAGCUCCCGGCCGAAUAUCGCCCCCGGCGGCAAAUCGGCACCAAGCUGCCGCGCACGCACAUCUCAACGGGUUGAGUUCACCACGGUAUUUCCCCUCGCCCCGGCGGUCGCGUACGCACUCGUGGGCGUGGCGUCGCAGCCAUCCAAACCCAAGGUUAAAGUUAGACGAGAGCAAGACGCGCAAGACGAGGCGGCGAGGAAUGCUACGCGCGCUGGUGCAGGAUUUCGGGACGUUUUGGUUCACCUACCCCUUCAACCUCGGCCUGAUAGCACUAACCCUACACCUCCUCCCGCCACGGCUCCACUUCCCCGGCCUCUUCGGCCUCACGCGGGGGGUAUUCAUCGCCGAGCUGGCCCUGUUCGCAUUGUUCUCACUCGUCUGCAUCACUCGUCUGGUUCUCACCCUCUUCGCGUCUUGCGAGGAGCUCUGCUGCCCCUUGACAACCCGGCGCCGGGAUGCGAACGCGCCAGUGCGGGGUGUCAGGGGUGCCGACGAGGCGGCGGUGGGCCGCGACAUGGUAGGCUGCUUCGCGCUCUGGCCUGCGGCGUGGCUGACGCUGGUCGCGUUCGCGGUCGUGGUCGUGGCGCCUGGAAGCGGCGUGGACGGGGCGGCUGCUGCUGCCGCCGCUAUCAGCAGUUCUGGGAAUGGCCAUCAUGCAUGCAGGCUGGAAGACGGGGCGAGCUCUGCAGGGCCGUGCCGUUCGGCGUCGUCCCACCGGCUGGCGCUCGCGGCGUGCGGCGCGUGGUGGGCCGGCGCGGGCUGGACCGGCGCGAGCACCGUGUAUGUGGCGGCGACACUGUUUUCGCCGUCUCGGCCGCGGCCAAGACCCGCGACGCCCGAGGGCCGGUUCGCGCCUUCGCUGGCGCUGCUGCAGUGCACCGUGGCCGCGGCGACGGUUGCGCUCGUUGGUGGGCUGCUAGUCCUGGAGCUGGGCGCCCCGGGGAACAGGCCCGGCCCGGUGAUUGGCGGCGCGGGGACACGAGUGGUUUCAGGGGCAGCGGCAAUACCGCGGGGGCUUGUUGCGCCCGUCGUGGUGUUUUCGAUUUGCGCGGUGGGCGCUGCGCUGCUCGUGGCCCUCGCUGUAGAUGCCGUGCUGGUGCACGAGCUGGUGCUCGUCACGGGCUGGCCACCGCCUGCGCAGACAGCCACGGUCUUCUUGCUUGUCGGGCCGUUCGCCCUCUGUGCAGCGGCACUGCAGUUGCUCGGCGACGCUGUCAACACCGUGUAUGGCGGUGCCGUGGGCGGCGGGCUUGACGUCGUCGAAGCGGACCCAUUCUCAGUCAUAGCCACCAUUGCACUGCCGCUAGACAUGGUGUGCAUUUUGCUGGCGCUGCUGCUGACUGGCGCGGCCGUCGUCUGGCUGGUGCUCGCCAUUGUCGCCGCCCUCUACCGUGCUGGGCGUGGAGAAUUGGCGUGGCACCCGAGCUGGAAUUUCGUCGUGUUUCCCGCGGCUGCACUUGCCAUCUCCAUGCUGCGCUUCGGCGUCGAGCUGCAGUCCUUUUUCUUUGGUGUCUUUGGCUGCGUGCUGCUUGUGUUUAGUGUUGUGGUGUUUUGUGCCGACAUUCUCUUUACUCUUAGGUGGACUCUCAGGGGCAAGAUGCUGGUUUACAGGGUGCGUUCGUAG